AUGUCCUUGGAGGUGACCCGGGCGACCGCAGGGAUGGUGCUAGCAGAGCUAUACGUCUCGGAUCGAGAGGGAAAUGAUGUGACAGGCGAUGGCACCAAGGAGAAACCUUUUAAAACCGGCCUAAAGGCUUUGAUGACAGUGGGAAAAGAACCAUUUCCUACCAUUUACGUAGAUUCACAAAAAGAAAAUGAGCGGUGGGAUGUUAUUUCUAAAUCACAGAUGAAGAACAUUAGGAAAAUGUGGCAUAGGGAACAAAUGAAGAGUGAAUCCCGGGAAAAGAAAGAGGCAGAAGACAAUUUGAGAAGAGAAAAGAACCUGGAAGAAGCAAAGAAGAUUACCAUUGAAAACGAUCCAAGUCUUCCAGAGCCGAAAUGUGUGAAGAUUCACGCAUUAGAAGGAUAUAGAGGCCAAAGAGUUAAAGUGUUUGGCUGGGUGCACAGGCUGCGGAGGCAAGGAAAGAACUUAAUGUUUCUGGUGUUGCGGGAUGGUACAGGGUAUCUUCAGUGUGUCUUGUCAGAUGAUUUGUGCCAGUGUUACAAUGGAGUAGUCUUGUCCACUGAGAGUAGUGUUGCAGUGUACGGAAUGCUAAAUCUUACUCCAAAGGGCAAGCAGGCUCCUGGGGGCCAUGAGCUGAGUUGUGAUUUCUGGGAACUGAUCGGCUUGGCCCCUGCUGGAGGAGCUGAUAACUUGAUCAACGAAGAGUCUGACGUUGAUGUCCAGCUCAACAACAGACACAUGAUGAUCCGAGGAGAAAACAUGUCCAAAAUCCUGAAAGCACGCUCCAUGGUCACCAGGUGCUUUAGAGAUCACUUCUUUGAUAGGGGGUACUGUGAAGUCACUCCUCCAACAUUAGUGCAAACUCAAGUAGAAGGUGGUGCUACACUCUUCAAGCUUGACUAUUUUGGAGAAGAGGCAUUUCUGACUCAGUCCUCUCAGUUGUACCUGGAGACCUGCAUUCCAGCUCUGGGAGAUGUUUUUUGUAUUGCACAGUCAUACAGGGCAGAACAAUCCAGAACAAGAAGGCACCUGGCUGAAUACACUCACGUGGAGGCAGAGUGUCCUUUCCUGACCUUUGAGGAGCUCCUGAACCGGUUGGAGGACUUGGUUUGUGACGUGGUAGAUAGAGUCUUGAAAUCACCCGCAGCAAGCAUAGUGUAUGACCUCAAUCCGAACUUCAAGCCCCCCAAACGGCCUUUCAAACGGAUGAACUAUUCAGAUGCUAUUGUGUGGCUCAAAGAACACAAUAUAAAGAAAGAAGAUGGAACUUUCUAUGAAUUUGGAGAGGAUAUCCCAGAAGCUCCUGAGAGACUGAUGACGGACACCAUUAAUGAGCCCAUCUUGCUGUGUCGAUUUCCUGUGGAGAUCAAGUCCUUCUAUAUGCAGCGCUGUCCUGAGGAUUCCCGCCUCACCGAAUCUGUCGACGUGUUGAUGCCCAAUGUUGGCGAGAUUGUGGGAGGCUCCAUGCGUAUCUGGGAUAGUGAAGAAAUGCUGGCAGGUUAUAAAAGGGAAGGAAUUGACCCAACACCUUAUUACUGGUACACAGAUCAGAGAAAAUAUGGCACCUGUCCUCAUGGAGGCUAUGGCUUGGGCUUGGAACGAUUCUUGACCUGGAUUCUGAAUAGGUAUCACAUCCGAGAUGUGUGCUUAUACCCUCGCUUUGUCCAGCGCUGCAAGCCAUAA